AAUAUUAGUGUUUGGAAGAAUGCCAAUGAAGAGAAAAUAUAUCAGAAAUAUGAUUGGUGGUUUGGAAAUAAAUAAUUAUUGUUUGUUGUUCUAGAAGAAAACAACAAAUAAUGUAAUAAAUAUAUAGGUUCUGAAUAUGUGAGAAGUUAAUUUGUUGUGAAUUUAUUUUUUUUAAGAAAAUCUGACUUUUUUCUCGUAUGGACGUCAUAAAAUGCCACUAUUCCUCGUUCGAGGACCCAGUUGACACCACAACUGGCUACUACGACGACUAUCAUCGUCAGGAUUUCUAUAACAAGUCCGCCAUCGACCAGGAACACUAUAGAGGCUUCAUAAAAGUAGAAGACGCCAUCAAUUUGAAGGCCCAAUCCCAACUAGCGGCUACCACCUCGCCGGAUAUUUAUGAUAACAACACUUACGAGUCAUUUUUAUCCGCUUCCUCGUUAGCCGAAGAAAAAAUCAGCUAUGGAAACAUCAAUUUCUUCACGCUUCACAAAGAUGAUGACUUCGACAACAACAACAAAAAUUUAAAUUUCAAAAGCAGAAAAAAACGAAAACAUAUCGUCAGAGAUAGACCACCGUCUCCUACGAUCCUGAAACGAAGAAGACUGGCAGCUAAUGCCCGGGAACGAAGAAGAAUGAACGGAUUGAACGAAGCUUUUGACAGAUUAAGGAAGGUGAUACCUAGUUUAGAUGCUGAGCAAAAACUCAGUAAAUUCGAGACACUACAGAUGGCUCAGUCAUAUAUUUCAGCUUUGAGGGAACUAUUGGAAAUGCACAAAUAACUACAAAAUAAAAGAGAAACUAU